CAGAACUACUCGCGGUGAGGAGACGACGUCGUGCGUGACGUUAUGUGGGCGGGGCCCAAAGACAAACGAUAUUCUUAAUGCAGGAGAGUACGUUUACGUUAGACUGUUAAGAUUUAAAAAGGAUUUAUUGGACGCUGCAAGGCAAUGCCUAUCAGACGUAAAGCUGACCCCGCGCCUAAGGACGUGGCCCCCAGUGAUGGCCCUGGAGCAGAGGAGACUGCAAACGAGGAGGUUGCAGAAUCAGCACCUCCUGCUGAGGAGGUAGAAGGAGAGGUGAAUGGGGAGGGGGAGACAGUGGAAGGUGAUGAGAAAACAGAAGGUGGAGAGACCGAUGCAAAAGUAGAUGAGGAGAAGACGCAAGAGGUCGGAGGAGAGGAAGAGAAAAAAGAAGAGAAGGAUGAUGGUGAAGAGAAGAAGGAGAGGAAAGUGAAGAGGACCAUCCCUGUGUGGGCCACUGUGUCUGCGAGCAAGCGUGUAAAAACCCAGGGGGGGCUCGGCCUGUACGGCCACGCCAAGCUGGACCACAUUCUACUGGAAGCCAUUAGGGCCAGCAAAGACCGGAAUGGAGCCUCGAUCAACGCGGUGAUGAAAUACAUCACUAAUAAAUAUGUGGCGUUGGAUCUGGACCAGAGGAAGUUCCACCUGCGGAAGGCCCUCAAGCGCUUGAUUGAUAAGGGUAUGGUCAAACAGCUGAAGGGGAAGGGGUUCUCUGGGAGCUUCGCCAUCGGCAAACUGCCUCCAAGAGCCGCCAGCGAUAAGCCGGUGGUGGCCCCAGGUGUGAAGGCGGAGACGCUUGGAGACACACUGCCCCUGAUCAUCACCCGGCUGUGUGAGCCCAAGGAGGCCUCCUACACCCUCAUUAAGAAGUACCUGGAGCAGCACUUCCCCAAACUCAACGUGGAGUGCAGGCCAGAAGUGCUGAAGAUGGCCCUGCAGAAGGCCGUGGACAAAGGUCACCUGGAGCAGAUCACUGGGAAAGGAGCUUCUGGAACCUUUCAGGUGAAGCGGUUUGGGGACAAGGAGCUCCUGAAGGGCGGCGCUCUGGAGGGCGCGAUUCUCACUGCCAUUACCGCCAUGAACGAGCCCAAGUCCUGCAGCACCACCCUGCUGCGCAAGUUUCUGGUGGAAACGCACAAGGACAGCAAAGCCUACAUGCUGGUGAAUAACCUGAAGAGAACCCUGAAUCGAUGCAAAAUGAUGGGCUGGAUGGAGCAGGUCACUGGCACUGGUCUGAAUGGGACUUACCAGCUCUGUUACCCCUACUACCCCAGCCCAGCCAUCCUGUUCCCAGAGAAACAGACUCAAGAAUCUGAAGAGGAGGAUUCUGAGGAAGAGGAAGACGACGAUGAAUCGGACUAUGAGGCACCGCCCAAAAGGAGACUUUCGGCACAUCAGAGACUGAGAGGCGGAAGACCCCCCCCAACCAAAAGGCCAGCUGCCACUGUCAGGAGAUCAGCCCCCCCUCCCAAGAAACCCAAACCUUCAGCCAAGAAAGUGGCCCCCCCUGCAAAACCCCCUAAAGCUGACUCCAGGGCCCCAUCACGAAAAUCUAGAGCAGCCAAGAAGGCCACGCCCACAAGCAAGACCAAAACACCUGUUGCCAAGAAGGCCACGCCCACAAGCAAGACCAAAACACCUGUUGCCAAGAAGGCCACGCCCACAAGCAAGAUCAAAACACCUGUUGCCAAGACGGCCAUGCCCACAAGCAAGACCAAAACACCUGUGACCAAUAAGGCCACGCCCACAAGCAAGACCAAAACACCUGUGGCCAAGAAGACCACGCCCACAAGCAAGACCAAAACACCUGUGGCCAAGAAAAUGACAAGCAGGGCGUCCAAACAAGCAGCGCCCAAAACAUCCGCACCCAUACAGCCGACCCGCAAGUCAGUCAGGUCAACAAAAUGAGCGACGCCACCCAGGGGUCACAGGUCAACUGGCUGCAGGCCACUGCGGUUAUUUGGCUGUUCCCCUUCCAGCCUUUUCCUGAUCCCUGUAUUUUUUUCCAUCAUUACUCUCUGAAGAGCUCCAUUUUGUAAAUAGUGGUUUUCACUGAUAAAUUCAGAAUGCCAUUAGAAACACUUGGGCCUCAAGGGCAAAAAAUUAUCGAUGGAGUGGGUGUUGGGAUUUUUAGUCCCUUCAAAUAUGCUCAUUUUGGGUUCAUUUAGUCAGUAUAUUAAGUAGAAAGGUGUUUGUUUUAUUUUUUUACUCUAACUAUACUGUCACGAAAUGUUUAGUUUAUUACUAGGUUAAUUUUUGUUUAAUUUCAUUUCCUGUUCCAAAGCUUUGCUUAGCGGGUAGUUAGUGUUGCAUUUUAUUAACCCGGCAGUAGAUGGCGCACAGCCAAUAGAGGCUUACUACUAAUGAUUUUUUAAACUUUUAUUUUCCUUUUUCAUUCAAAAGUUCAAAAGAUAUAUUUUAAGACAUUUCAGUUAUUUACAUUUUUAGACGUUCAGUUGUUCUCAGUGACCGGGUUUCCCCAGUUUCAGUGGGAGUCACAGUGAGCCCCGGGAUGCUUCCGCUUUCAGCACUUCGAUUUUACUGCCCAGUUCACUGAGAUUCAGGAAGUCAGUCUGAAUGGCAAAUUGCGGCUUUGCGCGAUCCCAACAGAAGGUUUGCGUGGUGAAUCUGACCCUUCUUUUCACAUGAAAAUGAGUUGAGGGGGGAAAUAUGAACCUUUUAAUUGUGUGUAAACUUGGUCUGAAGCCAUCUAAUCCUGAUAUAUAGUUAUGGGUUUGGGAUGAGAACCUAAAAAACACCUCAAGCUCUCCAAGAUCAGUGUGUCUUUCUCCCUCUGUAAGCUUCGGUUGUUUUUCUUAUGGACUUGAAUAUACACUUCGAACAUUAAUAAAAUACAUGUGCUGAUCAGUG